AGGUGCCGCUGGAGGAGCGGCCACCGUCUCCUCCAGCGGCGGCCAGCUGUGCAGCUCCAGCGGGGGGAGGACCGCAGUUAGACCGAAACUCCGAGGCACCAGAGAGCCGAGCAGCUCCGAGGAGUCCAGACGUUUCUGCCCGCUUCUUCGUUGGUUUUAUUUCCAGCUUUCAGCGCGCGCUUGAAAGCAGCAGCCGUCCUCGCGCUCCUCGUGAUGAGGCCGGAGGAGCGUCUGAAGUGACCGCCAGGUGUUCGCGCCUCACCGGUGGAGGACUUCCGGCCCGGACCGGUGGACCAGAACCGGACUCAGCACGAAGCCUCGUCUCUUCCUCUGGGCUCUGAUGAGCGGACGGCGGUUCUGGUCCGGUCCGGGCUUGGUCUGAGCCAGCGGGCCGGGUCAUGUGACGCUCAGGGAUUACAGAUUAUAAUCUGACUGUCAUGAAGCCCAGAGAGGAAGAACUGAGCUGGACAGAGGAGGAAGGACUGGCGGCGGCAAAGGAUUUCUGAGUCCAUUUUGGUUCUGAUGGAGAAUCAGAAAGGCUGAAGCUGCAGCUGCUGGCCGUCCAAGAUGGAGGUGGAAAACCCGGAUGGGGCGGGAAGCAGAACCAACAGCUUCCAAAGGAAGAAACCGCCGUGGCUGAAGCUGGACAUCCCGACCAUCCAGCUGACGCCGGACGAGCCGCCGCAGGCCGCCGCGUCGCAUGUUGGGCCACAUGUUGCUGCAGUCAGACGCAGCAACGAGGCGCAAGACAAAAACGAAUUCCAGCCAGUGAAGCGAGUGCGGAGUGUGAGCAUGCCCGGGGAAAAUCCACACACACACUCUGCUGCCAUGGAAACGUCCAACGUCUACCUCAAACCUCCAGUGGAGAAAAUGGCCGUCAUGCAGUCCAUCAAGAGUGAGAAGCGGGUUCACUUUGACCGCCUGAACACCGUCCCUCCAAAGGGUCAGCGCCACGCCAGGACGGCGUCGACCGGCCGCCGGCGCUCCUGCAUUCCUAAAAUUCUGGCCCGGCGCCGCUCGUCUAUCCCCAAACAGAUCAUCAGGGGGACGGCUGAUUGGUUCGGCGUGAGUAAGGACGGCGACGGCGGCCAGCGCUGGAGGAGGCGGAGCCUGCAGCACUGCAGCCAGCUGUUCGGGGGCCUGAAGGCCCAGGUGACGCUGCUCAGCCUGGACAGCCUGUCCCUGUCCAGCACCAACCCCCACCCCGACCCCACCCCCAAACCCCGCCCGCCCCCACGCCGCCACCGCUACGGGAUGCAGCGGGUCGUGGACCCCCUGGCUCGCGGUCGGGCCUUCCGGAUGGGGGAUGACCUGGACGGACCUGGCGCCCCUCAGACGCCGCUCACCCCAGGCUCCGCCUCCCUCUGCUCCUUCUCCAGCUCACGCUCCGCCCUCAACAGGUUGCCACGGCGACGCAAGCGGGAGUCCGUGGCCGUCAUGAGCAUCAAGGCUGCCGCGGCGCUGAUGAAGGGUCGGACGGCGGCUGAGGGCGGCGCUGGGAGGCGGAGGCGGAGCUUCAUGCCUCCCAGUUUCUAUGACGACGACACGACGGAUUUCCCGGACGAGUUGGACACUUCGUUCUUCAGCAGAGAAGAGACGUCCAGCUACGCCGACGACGUGUUUGAGACGCCGUCAGAGACCGACCUGCAGCCCGGCGCCGAGAGAGGAAACGCUCUGACAGGAAGUGCUCUGGACCGGACCAAGCUGGAGCGGACUCACCUGAUGUUGCCGCUGGAGCGAGGCUGGCGGAAGGCCAAGGACGGCGCGCCGCCGCAGCGGGAGGCGGCGAGCGGGCCGCAGCGGCGCGGGCACAGGAUCUCGGCGCCGGUCCAGAAGCUGUUCGCCCGGGACAAGAGGCCGUAUGGACUGGGCAUGGUGGGCCGGCUCACCAAGCGGACCUACCGCCAGCGCCUGGACAGCUUCGUCCAGAAACAGAUCCAAGACAUGAACGACCACAGGCCUUUCUUCAGCUACUGGAUCACCUUCGUCCACCUGCUGGUCACCGUCCUGUCCGUCUCCAUCUACGGCAUCGCGCCGAUCGGGUUCACGCAACACGAGACCGUCGACUCUGUGCUGAGAAAUAAGGGAGUUUAUGAAAACGUGAAGUUUGUGCAGCAGCAGAACUUCUGGGUCGGUCCGAGCUCGGAGGCGCUGAUCCACCUGGGGGCAAAGUUUUCUCCUUGCAUGCGUCAAGAUGAAGAGAUCCAGCAGCUGAUUGAGGAGACGAAGACGAGAGAACGACAAUCCGGCUGCUGCGUUCGGAACGACCGCUCCGGCUGCCUGCAGACGCUGCAGGAGGAAUGUUCGAGCACCCUGGCAGUUUGGGUGAAGUGGCCUCAACACGCCAGUGCUCCAUAUUUAGAGGGGAAACCACGGCAACACGGCUCAGUCUGCCACCAGGACCCCAGAAUCUGCCAAGAACCCGCUUCAGUUUCACCGCAUGAGUGGAGCGACGACAUCACACAGUGGCCGAUCUGCACUAAGCUGGACUCUGGGAACCACACCAACCUGCCUCACAUCGACUGCAGCAUCACGGGUCGGCCCUGCUGCAUCGGCACCAAGGGACGAUGUGAAAUCACGUCCAGAGAAUACUGCGACUUCAUGCACGGAUACUUCCAUGAGGAAGCAACGCUCUGCUCACAGGUGGCCUGUAUGGAUGAUGUCUGCGGCCUGCUGCCGUUCCUCAACCCACAGAUCCCAGAUCAGUUCUCCCGCCUCUGGCUGUCUCUCUUCCUGCAUGCCGGCGUCCUGCACUGCCUGGUCUCGGUGUUUUUCCAGAUGUCGGUUCUCAGGGAUUUGGAGAAGUUGGCCGGCUGGCUCCGGAUCUCCAUCAUCUACCUGCUGAGUGGCGUCACAGGAAACCUGGCGUCCGCCAUCUUCCUGCCCUACAGAGCAGAGGUGGGUCCCGCCGGCAGCCAGUUCGGCAUCCUGGCCUGCCUCUUCGUGGAGCUUUUCCAGAGCUGGCAGAUCCUGGAGCGGCCGUGGCGAGCGUUCACCAAGCUCGCCGCCAUCUCCGUCUUCUUCUUCUCCUUCGGUCUGCUGCCUUGGAUCGACAACUUCGCCCAUGUCUGCGGCUUCCUGUCGGGCUUCUUCCUGUCCUUCGCCUUCCUGCCGUACAUCAGCUUCGGCCACUCCGACUCGUACAAGAAGCGGCUCCAGAUCUGCGGCUUCCUGCUGGUCUUCCUGGGUCUGUUCGCCGCGCUGGCCGUCCUCUUCUACGUUUACCCGCUCAAAUGCGACUGGUGCGAGUUCCUCACCUGCAUCCCGGUCACAGACAAGUUCUGUGAGAAGUACGACCUGAAUGCACACCUGCUCUGAGCGUCAGAACCGGGUCUGGGUGUCAGAACCGGGUCUGAUAACUGCUUCCUGGUGGCGCCGCAGGAACCUUCUGGAACAAAUGCAUCACUUCUGGAUCAGGAAGGACCAGAGGUCGGCGGAUCAGAACCGCUGCAGGGAGAAAGAAAAUUUGCGCCAAAAACACUUUAAAAAUUUGAGAUCAAUCUCAGAACUUUUUGGGGGGAAAAUGUGAAAUUUCUGAGAAUUUUCCCUGUUUUUUCUGGAAUAUUUCUGUGAUUAAUCUCAAAGUUUCAGUUUUUUUCUAGCAAAUUUUCAACAUUGCAAAAUCGGAAAUUUCCAACUUUCUAAUCUGAAAAUUUGAGUGUUUUGUUGACACUUUGAAUUUUCAAACUCAAAUUUCCACGUUUUUCUAGAAAACGUGGGUUCACACCUGAACACAAGGAGCAAAGUUAACCUGUUUUUACUGUAAAGCUGACGACACAGCGCCCCCCAGCGGCCAGACGGAACAUGACACGCGGUCGGAGUUGACCCGUUCUGAUGAAACGUGCCUUGGCUUCAUCCUCCACAGACUCACUUCCUGCCUGGAAAUCCUCUGAGUGGCUGAGUUAUGAUUCAGUUACAGCCUUUGAUACACUUUGUUUAUGAAUGACACGUUUUUAUAUCCGGUGGUAAAACUUCAUCCUGUGAAUGAAGCACUUAAAGCUGAAUUACUGUCAAAUCAGGGUUUUUUUCCGUGUUUUAUUAAAUAUUGUAGCGUUUCAGCUACUUUU